AUGCUCCCUGAUGCGGCAGCACUACUUCCUCCACCAGACAUACCGCCGUGGAAGGACACCCGUCCUUACUCGGUGGGGGGCAACAUGCAUUCCAAGGGCCAGGUCAGCAGACCGGCCUCUUAUCAGAAUGGCGCCCGGCCACUACCGCGUUUUCCAAAUAUCAAGGACUUGCAGGACGAAGCGGCUCUACUAAGUAUCAACGAGAACACUCCGCUUGACGUCCUCCUGAGAACAGCCUCCGAGGCAAUUGAACGGGCCAAGGACCUUGAUGAAAGGGAAAUCGACCGCGCCUAUAUCCAGUACUUGCGAGCCUCCGAGAUCACGAUCAACAUCAUCCCCCACCAUUCGCAAUACAAGACGACCAUCACUGAACGCCCUGGAUGGCACAAGGAGUUUGCGGAUUUGAUGCAGGCAGUCCGAAGGAAGCAAGCAACAAUGGAUUCAAUCAAGCAGCAAAUCAUCGAGGAUAAUCUGGAGAGCAACGUGGCACCGACAGGUCUCUUUGGAUCUCCUACUCGCGCCUCGGCUGUUCCAAGGGGUCGUGAGAAUCGAUCUGGAAACAAGUCUCUACGAAUGCCCAGCCCGACGCAGUUCCAGCAAUCAACUGAACCUCCCAAACUCGAUUCGAAGAGAUUCUCCAGUCCCGCUGAAGAUAUACUGGCGCAACGUUUUGCAAAGCUUAAAACUUCCCAACCUUGUGAAUCUUCGUCAACUUCCAGAAACUCACCUGGCUAUGCUCCAUCUGUGCCUGCUGGUCAUGCGUCCAUCUACCCCUCGAAUGUUCCCACAGAAAACUAUGGCUCACCCUUUGCAUCACCGACCAGACGCCCGUUGGGACCUCGUAGUAUGGGCACGCCGACUGUUCCUCCGAAGCUGCCUCUCACAACAUCUCUCCCACGUGCCCCGGAUCCUACAUAUAGUCCUAUCUAUACAGUGCCCUCGCAGCCUCCUUCGAACCCGCCAAGAACUCCAAACCGUGGAUUUGAUGAUGAUUCUUACAGAUCGCGAACACCAAGCGGCGUCCAUGUCCGAGAGACCAGGAGCAAUUCGCCUAAUUUGCCGUUCAACUCUACUGUCACGCCCACUGACCUCAUGGAUUACAUGCGAAAAUACAGUGUUUUGCUGAUAGACGUGCGUUCCCGAAAUCUCUAUGACAGCGGCCACAUUUAUGGGAUGUCUAUCAUCUGUGUUGAACCGGUGGCACUUAAAGAGAAUGUUUCUGCUGAGGAGCUUGAAGAGCGCUUAGUGGUGUCCCCAGAGCAUGAGCAGGCCUUGUUUGAGAGGCGAAAUGAGUUCGAUCUAGUUGUCUAUUACGACCAAAGUACGGCCUCGGUCAGCUAUCUGGCAGGUCCACCGUCAGGAACGUCCGCCCCGCAUCUAAGAUUCCUCCAUGAUACGCUUUAUGAGUUCAACGAAUACAAACCCCUCAGAGCCGGGCGUCCUCCGGCCCUUCUCUUGGGUGGUUUGGAUGCUUGGAUUGAUCUUGUGGGGCAGCAGUCGCUGGCUACUUCUACAACUGCUGCUAUAAUGGGAUCCCUCCAGACCAAGAAGCCUCUGCUCCGACCCGGCCGUCCCCUGGGCCGGGUUCCGACCAUGGCGAGCGCCAAUUCUAGCCUGGAGGUGCGCAAGAGACGCUUGCGCGAAUUCACCCCCCUCAACUCGAAAGAAUUGUCGGAGUGGCUGGAAAGAUCAAAGAACGAAGAGAUUGACACUAGCACUUAUAUGGAAGACGAGGAGCUCACCGAAGAGCCCCAGGAGGAGACGACAGCUCCAUUCGUCCAUACAUAUGAAGAUUUCCUACGACGAUUCCCCGAGCCGCAUCAUGUUCAGCAGUCCAUGAUGCACCCAGAUGCUCAGCCAUUACCACCGGUACCAAAUUACGCAGCCCAUCCUCUCCCAAUCGCCCCUUCACGACCGCCUCCGGCGGUGCCUCGUCCGAGUUAUAGCGGUGUUUCGGAUGGGCGGCAAACGCAGCCUCAUAUGGAGCGCCAGAAUUCGGCAAAUCGCACAGCCUUGUACACUCAAAGCUCGUUCCUCAGUCGCGUGAAGCUUCCGCGCACCGGUCUCACAAAUUUUGGAGUGACUUGCUACAUGAACUCGACCAUACAGUGCCUUAGCGCUACCGUCGAGAUGAGCAAGUUUUUUAUGGACAAUCGCUUUCGCUACUAUAUUCAGAAGAAUUGGAAAGGAUCACAAGGUGUCAUGCCUGGCCUCUAUGCCAACCUGAUAAGGUCACUUUGGAAAAAUGACGUGGAAGUCAUUAUGCCAUCUUCCUUCCGCAAUUUUUGCGGUCGAUUGAACCGGGAGUGGGCCAUUGAUCGCCAGCAAGAUGCCAAGGAAUUCUUUGAUUUCACCGUGGACUGUUUACACGAGGAUCUCAACAUCAAUUGGCAGCGUACCCCAUUACGACCAUUGACUUUUUCCGAAGAAAUGCAGCGAGAACGAAUGCCUGUGGCGAAGGUGUCACAGAUCGAAUGGAACCGAUACUGCCAUCGAGAGGAGUCUUUCAUUUCCAACCUUUUCGCCGGUCAACAUGCCAGCCGAUUAAAGUGCACGACCUGUCAGCAGACAUCAACAACAUACGAAGCCUUUUACAGUAUCAGCGUUGAGAUACCGCCUACCGGCGCUGGGGAUAUCUAUCAAUGUCUUCGCAGCUACUGCAAAGAGGAAAUGUUGAGCGGUGAUGAGGUGUGGAAGUGCCCACAUUGCAAAUGCAAGCGCAUGGCAACCAAACAGAUACAUAUCACGCGCGCACCGAAGAUCCUUGUGGUGCAUUUCAAACGUUUCUCUGCUUCCAAGACCCAGAGUGCACGGAAGAUCCAUACCCCGAUUGAGUUCCCGCUGCAUGGCCUUCGAAUGGACGAUUUCGUGAUAUCGAACCCGAAUCCAGCACCACCGGACCCGAGCGCUCCCAACGCCGACUCGACUAGAGCACCCUUCACAUAUGACGCAUUCGCAGUACUACGGCAUCUCGGGUCGUCUAUGGGCAGCGGUCAUUACAUCUCGCUUGUGCGUGACGCAGCGCGACAAUGCUGGCGGAAGUUCGAUGACGAACGGGCUACGGAUUUCAAUCCACGAGACCUACGCCCAAAGGAUAGACUCCAGAAUGAGCAGGCUUACAUUGUGUUUUAUGAGCGAGUUCCAGCGAAAUGA